GAAGCCAGCGUGACCGGCGGGUGAAGCUCCCCGCCCAGCUCGGCACCUGAAGCGUCGCAGCUUGGCUGCCUAUUUUCCGCGCCGCGGUGCCUCCUCCGGUUCUCCACAGCAGCCCCGAUGGCCCCGUCCCGACUGCAGCUCGGUCUCCGCACCGCCUAUUCGGCGGUCGGCUGUGUGAUGGGUCUCUCCGCCUUCCUCGUCUGGACCUUCGUUUUCCCCCAACCCGGGACUGCCGCUAUGGGGGGCCUCGCAGGUGUUUUGGCGCUCUGGACUCUGACGACACAUGUGAUGUACAUACAGGAUUAUUGGCGUACCUGGCUUAAGGGCCUUCGAUGCUUCCUCCUCGUGGGCAUUUUCUUCUCUACUGUCUCCAUCACCGCAUUCUGCACCUUCCUUGUCCUGGCCAUCACUAGACAUCACGGCUUCACAGAUCCCACCAGCUACUACCUCUCCUGUGUGUGGAGCUUCAUCUCCUUCAAAUGGGCCUUUUUGCUCAGUUUAUAUGCCCACCGAUACCGAGCCGACUUUGCUGACAUCAGCAUCCUUAGUGACUUCUGACCCUGACUACUUAGCCUCCCCAGUGGGGUGGUUCUUAGUGACUGGACUCAACCUCUGAGAAGCAGAGUAGUCCUGUGCUCCUUCUGUUGUGGGGCUCAGAAACUAUGGAAGAGGACAUGCUGCUGGCAAUGGUUGGGAGUGGGGAGGGUCUCCCCGGAUACUUUUCCUCAUCCUGUGAGCCUUAUUUCUUUUUUAAGGUUUCUGGUGGGGGAAGGGCCUUGCCACCCUGCUUCCUGGCCUGUCUAGGGAGGGGACGCUUUGUACUUUUUCAUAUGGAUCUAUUUUCUUAUCAUAAGGUAAGCCUUUUUUAAGUGGGUAAUAUAGCAACAGGGUUAGGAGAAGGCGGCAGUGGACUUAAACGGUGGCUUAGGAAAACAUUGUUAUUAGUAGGGCCAGGAGAUGGGUGGAAGAAGAGGUAUUUAAGGUUGCUUUUAAUCUCCCAGCUUUGAAAGAGCUCUCUCCUGUUACUUUCUUUAAGGGCAGGAUUGGGCCUGAAGAUUUUGUCAAACUUUGGGAGUCCCCGAAAGGAGACUCUUCUCAGCUUUCCCCAUUCCCUGUCCCAAAGAAGAGUCCACAUUUGACUUUACUCUUUCCCUGUGUCUUGGAGUGGCGAAAAGGGCUGUCUCCCUCCUUUUAGCCUCCCAUAGGAUUGUCCCCUCUCUAGGGACCCUGGGGUUAGGCAAUAAUCCUGAAGCCCAGAGCAGUGCUCUCUUGGGAAACCCAAAUUGGGUUCAGAUGUAUUGGCAAAUGUUAGGGGCAGAUGCCUGUAGAAGAGAUUUGUGGAGAUGGCAAAAUAGUCCAGGCUGGGAGGGAUGUUUCUCCUAGGUCAACUACCACGUACACAUACCACCUUAUAUCCUCAUCUGUUCCCCAUCUGGUCCUACCCAGGCCACUUUCCUGGGGUUGAGGUUGGGGCUGGGGAGGAUGCAGUGUUGCUGGAGAGAGAGGAGUCUUUAGACACUGCAUUCAGGGGCUAGACCUCUUAGUUGGAGUUCUGCUCCUAGCCUACCACAGGUCCCCUGCUUUCUUUCCCUCCCCUAGAACUUUUAUCUUUGUCUCUACUUCUGGACAAAAGAUCUGCUUUCUAAUGUGACGCCCUGACCCAGGGGCCCUUAACAAGCUCUAAGGGUCUGCUGUUAUAUUUUUACACUGUACUGGCGUUGUGCAUGCUUCUGUUUUUAGCUCUUUCUUUCCCACUCCUCAGACUAGUUCUUGUGCCCACCCCAAUCUCAGUCAUAUUUCCGUGUCACUGGCACUUUAACAGAAAUACAACAAACAGCUGCUUUAUCACUAAAUGGCCUCUGGGUGUCGCUUGUGUGUUAGAAAGCUCCAAAGGGGACUUGAGGAUAAUACAGAAUGAAGUGACUACCGAUCUCUGCCAUCAAAGGCCAGAGGAAUGGGAGUCAUGGAGACUGGGGGCUGCCUUACCCUCCUUAUCUCCUCAUAGGUCCUUUUAUGCUGCUGAUCUGAGGGAUGAGCCAGCAAGGAUAUUCAUGGCCUUGGGCAUAAAGUAGCUGGGGAGUACAGUGAAUAGAGCAUUGGGUCUGGAGUCAGGAAGAACCAAGUUCAAAUUCUGCUUCAUACAUGUCUUGGCCAUGUGACCCUGAGCGUUUGUAAAAUGAGGAUAAUAAUACCACCUUCCGUCCAAGUCUGUUGUGAGACUGAAAUGAGAUCAUAUUUCUGAAGUACUUUGCAAACCUCAAAAUGCUAUAUAAAUGCUAUUUAUUAGUAUGGGGAUGGGAACAAGUAUUUAUUAAGCACCUAUUAUGUCUGUGUGUUAAGUA